GAACAACCCACCUGCAUGGGGCCCGGGCAUUAUCGGACUUCAAGGUGCUCUAUGUUCUGCGCCGUGCUUCUAUUGUACCGGCGUUACCAAAUUGCUUAACCCCCCCCCCACUCUCCAGAAUCCCCCACAUUCUGGAGCCAGAGCCAGCCAGAGGUAGACUAUGCAACAAAAUGGUGGGGCUCAGGGGGCCCUCUUUUUUUCUUCUUUCUCUUCUUCUUUUUUUCCCUUUCUUCCUUACAGCUGCAUUGCAGGGCAGGGCAUGUCGGGAAUUUAGCAAAUUGUUGCUCACCAUUGGAGAAUCUUCGGUGCUUGACUGAAAAUCGCGCAGUGAUGCUUGUGUUAGGGGUGGCCCCUCAUUUUGUUUAUCCGUGCAUACGUCAGGCAAUGGGUGCCCCACCAAAUGCUUGGUUUGGUUGCUCUUAUGUUUGGUCAAACGCAACAUAUACUUCCGCUUCCGCCCUUUCCAUCUUAACUUUGCUAUCGUUCAUUGCGUUAACCAUCGACAACAGUUGCUCUCUCUAAGCGGAGAAAGACAAUCGGUGUUCGGAAUCAUCGCUAUAUCCUUUUGUGUAGGGAAGGUUUCUAUUUUAACAAAUCAAGAACAAGCCAUGCCUUUCAGUCUUGCUUCAGAAUUGCCUGCCUGGAAAACUCUCCAGGAUCACUAUCAUACUGUCAAGACAUUGCACUUGUCGGAUUUGUUUGCUCAGGAUCCCAAGAGGGCCGAGAAGUUCUCUCGUUCGUUCCUUAAUGAUGCCGACGGAAACGAGAUUUACUUUGACUUCAGCAAGAACUUUCUCACGGAAGAGACCCUUGGGCUCCUGAUCAAACUAGCCAAGGAGGCUGAUGUCGAAGGGCUUCGUGACAGAAUGUUCAAGGGUGAGAAGGUCAACUUUACUGAAGAGAGAGCUGUAUACCAUAUGGCUUUACGCAAUGUUUCGAAUAAGACUAUGGAAGUCGAUGGGAAGAGCGUUGUUGAGGACGUUAACUCCGUAAUAGAACAUAUGAAGGAGUUCUCGGAGCAGGUUCGCAGCGGUGAGUGGAAGGGGCAUACUGGUCAGCGCAUCAAGAGCAUUGUGAAUAUUGGGAUUGGUGGCUCCGAUCUUGGGCCGGUCAUGGUUACGGAGACUCUAAAACCUUACGGACACCCUGACUUGACCUUGCAUUUUGUGUCAAAUAUUGAUGGUACCCACAUCACCGAAGCUCUCAAGUCUUGCGACGCGGAGUCGACACUGUUCCUGGUUGCUUCUAAAACCUUUACCACCGCUGAAACUUGUACAAAUGCAAACACAGCAAAAGAGUGGUUCUUGAAGCAGAAGGGUAUCGAUGGGGAUAGAUCUGCCAUCGCAAAACAUUUUGUUGCUCUCUCUACCAACGAGGCGGAGGUUACCAAAUUUGGAAUUAACGCCCAGAACAUGUUCGGUUUCGAGUCGUGGGUUGGCGGAAGAUACUCUGUUUGGUCGGCGAUUGGAUUGAGUGUUGCUCUUUACAUUGGUUAUGAUAGAUUCCAUGAGUUCCUUGCUGGUGCUCACGCCAUUGAUAAUCACUUCCUGAGCAAGCCGUUGGAAGAGAAUAUCCCCAUUCUUGGAGGUCUUUUGAGCGUUUGGUAUAGCAAUUUCUUCAAUGCUCAAACUCACUUGGUCUCUCCAUUCGACCAAUACCUUCACCGCUUCCCUGCAUACCUCCAGCAGCUGUCCAUGGAGUCGAAUGGAAAGUCUGUUACUCGUGACGGUAGCAUCGUAAAUUACACUACUGGUGCUAUCUUGUUCGGGGAGCCAGCUACCAACGCUCAGCACUCUUUCUACCAGCUCCUUCAUCAAGGAACAAAGUUUAUUCCUACUGACUUUAUUCUGGCUGCAGAGUCUCACAACCCUGUCGCGCCAGACAACAAGCAUCAAUUGAUGUUGGCCUCCAACUUUUUUGCGCAGGCCGAGGCUCUCAUGGUCGGAAAGGAUGAAGGACAGGUUCUUGCAGAGGGUACUCCUGAGAAGCUCAAGAACCACAAGGUAUUCCGUGGCGACCGCCCAACCACCGCCAUACUAGCCCAAAAGAUCACCCCCGGCGCUCUUGGUGCCUUGAUCGCCUACUAUGAGCACCUCACCUUCACUGAAGGUGCCAUCUGGAACAUCAACUCGUUCGACCAAUGGGGUGUCGAAUUGGGCAAGUCACUUGCCAAGAAAAUUGGCUCUGAGCUCGAGAAGCCCGGAGACGUAUCUGGACACGACGCUUCUACGAAUACACUUAUCAACAAGUUCAAGAAGAUGUCCGGUGCGAGCAAGGUGACGUACAAACUCUAGUUGGCAGUUUGGCGGAUUUUGGUUUCUACUACUUCGCUACUUUUUUGGGAUGUGAUAUAUAAUACAAGGGUCACGCAUGGCCUCCGUGCCGUCUAUAGGCUGUUGGCCCCUUUGCAUGGUA